GUGCCAGUCUGAAUCUUUAAAAUAAAAUAAAAAUUUUGAUUUUUUGUUGGCAAAUAUCAGUUUUGGCAACCAAAGUUGUGGUUUUGUUUUCAUUAUGUCAUUUUGUUUAGAUUUACUUACAUCUAUUGUGAUGCGUUAAGCAUCAAAUUUUAAUAUUGAAGAACAUUUAAGAUGUUUGAUAUGUUUCAAAUCUUUGGAAAAAAGAAAUCUAACACUGAAAAUGAAAAAGAUAAAAAUUCAGAUGACUUUGUUAUGCUAGGACAUAGUGAACAACCGGAACAAAAUCCUGGUGAACGACCACUGCCCAAAAACCCCAAUACUGCUCGAUUUCUGCCAGACAAUUUCACACCGACUCCUAUUAUCAAAAAAGAAGAAAAGCAUCAUCCAAUCAUGCCUCUUCAAGAUGUACCCUUUACUAUAAAUUCAAGCCUGUAUGCUUCAUCGAAGUUGGAUCAAAUCUGGAAAAGUGUUUCCCAAAGUAUAGGAAGCAUUGGAAAUUCAUGUCCAUAUCAAGAAGACUAUGAUUUUGCUUUGGAAAAGUCAGUUAUAGCAGAAACAUGUAACAAAUAAUGAUCAAUAAUAAGUGGCAUAUUCAAUCUUGUGUCAUUUUUUUUCUUUUGUAUAUUUUUAAUUCUUUUAAUAAAGUGCUAUGUGUAAAUAAAUAAA